ACUUGAGGCACUAAGUAUAUUUACAGCAGCACACCAACAAAAUAUUUAUCAUUUCUAACUUACAUCAUUUGCUACUUCUCACCAUUCCCCAGGUGUGUACUCUUGCAUUGUUGUUUAUGGAGGAUGCCAAGAUGUGCAACAGUGUGCAAACCAUUACACCAUUACUGUCUCAUGAUAUAUAUAUAUAUAUAUAUAUAUAUACUUCUCAAUGAACUCCAUGGUCUCUAUGAAGGCGCUGAACAAAUCACCCUCUACACAAACUGUAGCUGUCUAUACACUAACUCGGCCAGCCACAUGAUAUGUGUGACUGUGCUUGAUAUUCAAACGAUGUCAUUGUUCCCAGUUCACCUGGAGCUAUGGUUGAGGUUGUGUGGACUUUUCAUGUGAUCUGUUGGCAGUAUAGAAAGGCUUUCAUAACAGUGUCUGAGAGGAAGCUGUGUGUGGGGGUCAGAGGAUGUCUGAUGUGACUCUAAUGUUGCUACACUGCUGCACAGACAAUUGGCCAUGUAUGAAAAUGUCAACUGGUUUUAGGUCUCAGUAAUAAUUUAUGUAAUGAUUUACAGGUCAAAAGACAUGUACAGUUGCUGCAGAGGUUAAAACGGGCCGAUGUUUGUUCAAGGUCACAUAUAAUCAUUGUUUUACAGGUGUUGAGGUGACUAUAUUUAAUUGUGAAGCUGGUAGAAUUCAUUUAAAUGAUUUUAAUACAGUGGUAAUACUUCAUUUAGAUGACUUUUUCAUUUAGACAAGUUUUAAACUAGACACUUUGACAUCUUUAAAGCUGGAAAAUGACCAGAUAUGGUCACUAGGCUGCUCAGGAUCAGUUGUAAGGCCUGUGGAUUGCAGCAAAGACAGUAAAGGAUACUGUAUACCUAAAUAUUCUUUGUACCUGCACUUCUUGUCUAAGGCAGAAAAACGAUUGAACUAGUACACUCUGUACUCAUGACCUUAUAAACAGUUGUAACGCUGCUCAAAUGGCAAACACCCUCAUGGAUUGUUCUGAAUAGGUCAGGAUCGCCGUCACAAGCUUUGACAGAUGGUACAUGUAUGAUUACCAUGCUUUAUUCAGCUGAGGAGUUCAUCCCUUCAACUAACAAGCACGAGUUUGUUGUUAAUGACCUUAAUUUUUGCAUGACAUAGGAACCUAAAUGUCAACAACAGUAAUAUUUACAGUGGAUUUGAACCAAAUGACUUCUCAGAUCUGUUACCGUUUAAAUUAGCAGCAGAAGGUCUUUACGGUCUAACCCCACAUCCAGAAAUGCAUUAAAGGAUGGCGUCAUAUUUUUUUCAUAAACAUAUGUAUAAAGAGUUUUUGUUUGUUGUAUUCAUUUCUCUUGCUCAUAAUUCCAGUGUAAGCAGUUGGGUUCACAGACACAUACACAGUCCUCUGCAAGAGUGCAUUCCAAAAUUCAGAAAUGGUAAUAUGAGGCUUGAGCAGUUUGAGUUUGUCAGCUGAAGGGGCUGUCUUCCAAAAUUAGUAUUUAUUUAUUUAUUUUUUUCAGCACAGAAUUCUCUCAGUGUCCCUCUGCUGCGACUCAGCAACUGUGCUGUGAAACUCGAAGAGGGAAUGCUGUUCUGCACCGACUGUAAUUUUGGAAGAUGGUUGCUUAAUUUGUCUGAUUCAGACAGCUGGGCUUCACUUGCUCCAACUUACACUGAAAUUGAUGUAGGAGUGGAUCUCUCCGUCACAGCAGCCAAUAGCAUUUUCAGUGUUCAACUGGAACCUAUGGUUUAACUUGUAGAUUGGCCUUGUAGGAUGGUCGAUUGCAGAUGCAAGAACCAAAAGAACCUGCUUUUUAAAGGCCAUGCACAGAUACGUUUACAGAGUGUCGGUAAACAGUGACCAGGAGAGGGGAUGACAGGUGAGGUGGUGACAUUGUCGCACAUGCUGCUUUAAAGUGCUCUCUCCUGCUAUUUUCAUUAAUAAAAGUAACCACCUCCCUAAUAGCCUAAUAGAGAACAAUAUAUCCGUCUGUCAAAUAAACAUAUCAGGGGGAUAAAAGAUGGCAAACCACACAGAAAACGCCCUGCCUUCCUCUCCUUUUUUUUCCACAAACUGCGCCCAUCAGACAUUAAAAGGCCACAGAGACAUGACCGCAGCCCAGCUGACGUUUGCGUGAGAGGAGGAGUCGCCUCGAGUCUUUCAGAAUCCUGCAUCACUGUGAGAAAUGUUCAAACAAGUCACAGUCUCCGUUUCCCGAGACACCAAAGACACUUUGUGGACUGCACACCAUGUCGGUCUCAACAGUCUGAACUGACACAGGGAGUUCUGCCGAUGGGCGGGUCGGGUGCGCUGUGUGGAAAAAAACCCCUCAGUUGUGAGCGCGACGUUUUGAUGGAGAAGAAUAUUUCAUGGACUUUUCACACGGACAAAAACGCCUGCUCUCCAGACUGCUGCGGUCAGUCAUUUAUUCAAUGGAUUAAAUGAAUAGUAAUAACAUUUCAUCACAGUGGAUAUUUAACAGUUAAGGUGUUGAUGGCUUCAACAGCUGAACAGCUGCUGGGACUAAUCGUUUGAUUUUUCCAGCUGUGGGGCGACGUGUGACUGCAACAGCUCCCGCUGAAGCACCAUCCAAACCACAGAGACAACUGAUGAAACUUGUCUACACGGUCUGACACUGUGCCUCAGUAAAACUCCACCAAGACAGCCUGUAAACCAGCCAGUCGUCAUACAGAAGUCAGACAUGGAGAUGACCAACAGGUCCCAGCACAACCCAUCUCUCCUCCACGUCGAGCUCAGUCCUUUAAGUGACUUUAUGGAGGAGAACGACACGAACUCUACCGGUGAGCGGCACUCUCUGGGCUGCGUGCAGAUCCGCAUCCCUCAGGAGCUCUUCCUGGCGCUUGGGCUCAUCAGCCUGGUGGAGAACAUCCUGGUGGUUCUGGCCAUCAUCAGGAACCGCAACCUGCACUCGCCCAUGUACUACUUCAUCUGCUGCCUGGCCGUGUCCGACAUGCUGGUCAGCGUCAGCAACGUGGUGGAGACCAUGUUCAUGCUCCUCCACGAUCACGGCCUGCUGGACGUGCACCCGGGCAUGCUGCGCCACCUGGACAACGUCAUCGACGUGAUGAUCUGCAGCUCCGUGGUGUCCUCGCUCUCCUUCCUGUGCACCAUCGCCGCGGAUCGCUACAUCACCAUCUUUUACGCGCUGCGCUACCACAGCAUCAUGACCACGCAGCGCGCCAUCACCAUCAUCGUGGUGGUGUGGCUGGCCAGCAUCACCUCCAGCAUCCUCUUCAUCGUGUACCACACCGACAACGCCGUCAUCGUGUGUCUCGUAACCUUCUUCUGCACCACGCUGGUGUUCAACGCCGUGCUGUAUCUGCACAUGUUCCUCCUGGCGCACGUGCACUCCCGGCGCAUCAUGGCUUUCCACAAAAGCAGGCGCCAGUCCACGAGCAUGAAGGGAGCGAUCACCCUCACCAUCCUGCUCGGGGUCUUCAUUUUGUGCUGGGGCCCUUUCUUCCUCCACCUGAUCCUCAUCCUCACCUGCCCCACCAACCCCUUCUGCAACUGCUUCUUCCGAAACUUUAACCUUUUCCUCAUCCUCAUCAUCUGCAACUCGCUCAUCGACCCGCUCAUCUACGCCUACCGGAGCCAGGAGCUGCGUAAAACCCUGCAGGAGCUGGUCCUGUGUUCUUGGUGCUUCGGCGUGUGACAUCGUGUUCAUUCGGGAAGAAAACGAGAGCAAAUCGGGUUAUCAGCCACGUCGGCAGUCUUCCUCCAGAAUGUACAUUGUGUCGGAAGCUGAAAUAAACUGUGACAGACCAAGACUGUACCUCUGAUUAAGACUUCUGUACGUUACAUCGUGGAUUUGAUGGUUACUCCCACACAUGGCUUCGGGUGUAUUUAUUGUUGCGUUACACCACUCCUGGCUCAGGUUCAUGCACUGUGAAACACCUGGACACUGAAUCCGGUAAUGACUCUCUUAGCGAAGAGAGAGCCUCCGUUUUGAGACUCUCCUUGUUAAGAGAGUCAUUGGACUAAAUUAUAGUAAUUGAUGAGUAUUUUAUUUUUGUUGAAGUCAUUACGUGUUUUUUUUCCCUGUAGUUGAAAUAGGAUUUUGUCUUGUAUAUAAAAUGCCUCUUUUUGUUGGUCGAAAUAUGUGAUCUAUUUCAACUCUGUGCAUUUGAAAGCUAUAGAUCUUUUUUUUUUUUUUUAAAGGAGAGAGAAAUUAAGAAAGUGAAAACCUGCACUGGAAAUAAAUCGUUUAUAUUUCUUCCUUCAUUAAAUUAAAACUGAAUGUUAGUGUUGCUCAUUAUUGGGUUACUUCCGUUUAAAAGUAAGCUGAACAAAAGUCUCUCAUUAUGCCUAGUUAGAAUUAUUUCAUAGGGAGCUUACAGCCUGUUUAAAGUCAGUCAACUGUGUAUUUGACAAAACAGGCAUAAAACAUGCAAGGCUGUAAAGAUAAUGUGAUGUGUUACAGAGAAAUAAUCACCACAAUUAUCAGGUCUAAUGUUCUCCACUUUGCGUCUGUUUUU